UAUAUUCAUAGAUAACUACAACUGAACAUAAUGUACAUUGAUCGACCAGUUAUAAAUUUCGAAUCUCCUUCUUUAAAAUCUAGAAUAUCUCACGGAAUCAACCAUGCUCUAAAUGAGAACAUGUUGAUCGAUAUGGAAAAAUCUCCGUAUACUUACUGUGCAGUUUACGAGGAAUUCUUAAAGAAUCUAUACUUAGCAUUAAUUCAUUCAAUGGUUGGAGAUGCUGACCUGACAGUAAAUCAAAUUAAAUUUGUCACCAUUGAUCAGCCAUUGUUUGAACCAAUUGUUCUAGUAGAAGAUGAAUCAAGUCAAUUACUACAUGUUUUAUCACGACCCAUGUUCCAAAAGAUUUUUUACUCAAGGGGAAAUUUUAAAAUUAUUAAUGACAAUAAUCUAUCCCAUGAUCUACCUUCAAGUGAACCAAAAACAUCAGUAACGAUGUUAACAUUGAAAAAUUUUGAUGCAGAACUUAACGACGAAGCAAUCCGAGUCUCGAAUGCCGUAACAAUAAAGUUAUUAACUUGUUACGUUGUAGCUGAACAUGCAGUUAUGCAUUAUUGUUUGUAUUUAAAAAAUCGAGACACAAAAAAUCCUGAUUAUGGUCAUAAUAAUUUAAAAAACUUGUCGUCUGGAUCACACAACUAUCUGUUUUUGUAUGAACUUAUUUCUACCAAGAAAGACAAUAAUGUCGAUCAGUACGUUCGCUGAUAGGACCACGACAAAUGUUUCAAAAACAUUUUAACUUGGUCUUUGUAUGAUGGAACACAUUCAAUAUCAUUCGAUUGAAACGAUACUGAUUGAUUUACCGUUAAAUUUGGAAAUGAUUUUCUUCUCAUCAAGAGAUACAGUAGUGUCUUUUGCACCGAGCAUAAAUCGCCGCUCUCUUGCGCUUAUGUCACGACGAGGCACUGCCGUUUGUCUAUAUGUAUAAAUUAUGAAAUGAUUUUUGCAAGUUAUAUUUUUUA